UCACCAUAUCUUCGACUUGUCGUCGUCUGCCGAUUGGUGACGUCGGCUGUAUUCUGCGUGUGUACCGGCUGUCUAUUAUUUAUCAUCAAAAUAUGUGGAUGAUGGCAAAAAAAUUCUUAAUCCCCUUGUGGGGACUUGUUAUUUUAUUUUUAUUAAGUGAUGUUUCCUGCCAGUACAGGACGAAAAACACUCAUAGUCAUUCAUUGUCAGAGCGAGUUUCACAGCUUACAGAAAUGUCAAUGAAGAGACCAUUGUUAAAAUUUAAUACAGCUAAGUUUAAAGAGUUUGUAAAAGCUACACCAAGAAAUUAUUCAGUCAUUGUCAUGUUUACUGCUAUGGCGCCUCAACGACAAUGUCAAAUUUGCAGACACGCUAAUGAAGAAUUUACAAUUGUUGCUAAUUCUUACCGGUAUGCUAAUUUGCAUUCAAACAAGUUGUUCUUUGCACUUGUUGAUUUCGAUGAAGGAUCUGAAGUUUUCCAAAUGAUGAGAUUGAAUACUGCUCCAGUAUACAUGCAUUUCCCAUCAAAAGGCAAACCUAAACCAGCUGAUACCAUGGAUAUUCAAAGAAUUGGAUUUUCAGCUGAAGCUAUUACUAAGUGGAUUAUCGAAAGAACUGAUAUUCAAUUUAGAGUAUUUAGACCACCUAGCUAUUCUGGAACAGUAGCAAUUAUUAUGCUCAUGAUUUUGGUCGCAGCUUUCUUGUACCUAAAGCGAAACAACCUUGAUUUUUUGUACAACAAAACUAUUUGGGGUCUCGGUGGACUGCUUUUUACUCUCACUAUGAUAUCUGGUCAAAUGUGGAAUCAUAUAAGAAGUCCGCCAUUUAUAUAUAAAUCUCCUAACGGCAACGUAGCUUACAUUCAUGGUUCUUCUCAAGGACAGUUUGUUUUUGAAACAUACAUUGUGAUGAUUUUGAAUGGUGCUGUUGUAUUGGGUAUGAUUCUUAUGACUGAAGCAGCUUCUCGUAAAGGUGAUGUAAAAAAGCGACGAAUAUUUACCAUCAUGGGAUUAAUUCUCGUAGGAAUAUUCUUCAGUCUACUCCUUUCUAUUUUUAGAAAUAAAGCCCAAGGAUAUCCUUACAGUCUCUUAUUCAAAUAAAUCUGAUAAAUAUCAGCCUAUGAUCAGAAUCAACAAUAAACUUCAAUUAGGAGAGCAAAGCUUUCUGAAAUUCGAAGGCUCCACAUAAAAUAAUUUUUGAUACAUGCAAAAUCUGAGCACUAAAUAAGCAUGCAACAGUGUGAAAUUUAUGUAUCAUAACUAAAAAAUUUUAUUUACAAAAAUUAAAUUAUCAUGUGAAUGUUA